AUGGAAAAUGAGGAGUGUGCAAAGGAAGUAUUUGAGAUAAACCCUGCUUCAAGGGCUAAGCCUGCGGCAGAAGGCGUUUUGAUUUGUACAACUGGGGGAAAAUCGGCUCAGGCCAAGGCGGUGGAUGGCGAGAUACGCAAUCCGAUCGACACGAUGAUGGUAGCGGCAACUGCCCUGUCUCAUCAUUGCUCCCAUGCAAUGCGGUGCAACGCUGAAGGGGAGUUGAACAAGGAUGCCUGGAACUUCCUUUACUUCUUCAAAUGCUGGGAAGUUGAUAUCUACGCUGGAUUUUUGCAUCUAUCCAUGACUGUCACCAGCGGUAAAUGUCGACGGGUAAGGGUAUAUGGAGAUCAUUUGGGUGAGAUUUGUAUUGAUCCUCGGUCGCGAAAACGGUUUAAACCCUCCCACUGGGAACAACAGUGGCAGGGGACUGAUGACGGUACUGUACGCCGUCGUGAUGAUCGAGAUAACCCAGAUCUGGGCAGUUAUCAGGUUAACAAUGCCCCCACCACCACUGCUGCACCUCCUGCACCUCCUGCACCUCCUGCACCUACUGCACCUAUUGCAAUCCCCUCUCGCCGAACGGACCAGGAUCCACCGGGUAAUUAA